GAGACACGCAAACUCCAUACCACAAGUGUGACUGAAUGGAUGGUGAAGUGACACAGCCUCAAAGAAAGUGUAUCAGUCUCCGUUUGCUUUGGUAAACAGAGAAGACAGCCUUCGAGGUGAAGGCUUUGAAAGAAAUGGAUGAGGAAUAUUCAAAGACCAUUCGUCAGCUGUUUAUCCGUUUAAUGACUGUUACUGGUGUACCCAGAGAGUUAUUGACGGAUGAGAAUGAGCGGGCUUUGGAUCAAUUUAUUGAUGACACAUCCAUCACAACCAUGGUGGUCUACGUGGACACGUAUGACAGGCUACGGGUGGAGUUCUCCAUGCCCUCCCAGGUAGAGCAGCUGACCUAUUUUAGACGCAUACCAGGAGCCAUAAUCACAGCGGAGACGUUUGAUGCGGCCGUGCAGUUUGGCACAGUGCGGGGGGGCAACCCCACCCAGAGGCUGCUUUGUGAAAUGACCUGUCAGCACGCCCCCGCAGUUGCCCUAAGCACCGACAUGGAGAGGAACAUCAAGGAGGAAUAUACCAACCAGAUGCACUGCUUCCUUGUCAGCCUCACAGAUGCUGUGUAUAACACGGUGGGCAAGACAGUUCUAUACAUACCAAUGGAAGCCCUACAGUGCAGACCUGAGGUGGCCAGCAAGGACAAGAAGCUGAUACAGAGAAUGGAGUCUGUAAUGAUCCACUGGACGGAUCAGGUCAAGAAGCUUCUAAGUACCCAAGAAAUAAUGAAGAUGAGGGAAAAGUGCGGCCCGCUGCAGGAGAUUGCCUUCUGGAAGAGUUGCUCUGCAAAGCUGUCGGACAUCAGCCAGCAACUGCAAAAGCCUGGUGUCAGGCAAAUCCAGAAGAUCCUGCUGCUCUCCAAGUCUCGCUAUGUAAAAGACUUCUGCAGACUGGCCCAGGAAAUACAGGAAUUUUCUGUGAUGGCCCAAUCAAACACGACCUUCCUGUCCAUACUGAAGGAGCCAUUGGAAGAGUUGGCCCGGCUAAAGCCUAGCCAAGUCGCUCCGAAACUGCAACACAUUGUCGGUCUCAUUCGCAUCAUCUAUGACAACUCCCUCCACUACAACACCAAGGAGAGGAUCACUGGUCUCUUCCACAAGAUGAGUAAUGAGAUCAACCGCCUCUGCUUCCAAAGCAUCUCUCUGGACAGGAUCUUUAAGGGCUAUGUGUUAUCCAGCAAGCAGAACCUCAACGACUGUAUCCAGUGCUGCCUGGAGUGGAAGGAAAUUUACCAGCACGCCUCACAGAUUUACCACGAGCAUUCUCCAAAAGACUGGGUCCGGGACCAAAGCAGCUUUUUUGUAGUGGUUGAUGUUUCCAUCCAGAGAUUCAAAGAGCUGCUUGAGAUAUGCGAGUGCCAGUAUCAGUUUGCCCGUUGGGAGGACGGUCAGCAGAGGGCCCUGCCAUGCUUCUGCAGCAGCCAGGGACCUGAAUUCACCCGCUCCCUCCUGGAGAUAGAGGGCAACUUCGACCGUGGCCUAAAAAACCUGCACUUUUUGGACAAGGACAUCCUUGAUGUCGAGAGCACCACAUGGAGCAAUAAAUUCAUCCAGUAUCGUGCAGUCGUGAAGGAUCUGGAAAUGAAGAUGCUGAACCUGAUCAAUUCAGUGUUUAAGACGGUGUACACAGUGGAGGAAGGAGUUUGGCUUCUGUACAUUUUUAGGCCGAUCUGUUCUCGAGAGGCCAUUAAGCGCACCACAGAAGAGAAGGUGGAGGAAGUGAUAAACAUCUUUAACAACGAGCUCCAAAUGGUCAACAAGGAGCUGAACCAGAAGACGUGGUCUCCUCCCGACCAUAUGCCCCGGUUGGCAGGCAAGGCCCACUGGUUGAUGGCCCUCAGACAAAGCUUAGCGAGACCCAUGGAGGUGCUUAAGAAGGCCCACUUCCUACCCGAGUCAUACAACCACAAGGUGUUUUUCACCUACAGCCAGAUAGUUCAGGUUCUGGACGAGAUGGAGAGGAAGAGCUUCAGCGAGUGGAACCAGAAGCUGGAUGGACAGUCCCUCAAAAAACUGGAGCAGCCACUCAUGGUGCGCCGCAAGGACAGCACCGCCAAGCUCAACGUCAACUUUGAUAACAACCUGUUGAAUAUUUUCUCUGAGAUCCACUACUGGGAUCGACUAAAGUACGAGAUCCCCCAGUGUGUGUCUGACAUUUCCCAGGACAGGGAGGACAUCAGAUGCCUGAGUGAGAGAGCACUGCUUCUGGUCACAAACUACAACAGGAUCAUUGGAAUGCUGUCUCCCGACGAGUUGGGUCUGUUCCGGGAGCGAAUUGGUUUCAUGAAUAAAAAGAUUCAGCCAGGGCUGACCAAGCUCCUGUGGUCUUCUAAAGGAGCUGCUAACUUCUUCAUCCAGGAAUGUCUCCUGCAUGUUAACAAGGUCAAGUGGACAGUCGAUGGUUACAAAGCAUCCAACCAAUCCAUCUUCAACCUCUGUCGCCGAAUCAGUGAAACAUUGCUGGUUAAACUGGAUGGAAAGACUGUAUACAGGAACCUGGAGUUUGAGGAUGACCAGAAGACUCACCAGCAGAGCCAACUCCAAAUACUGUGUUCAGCGCACCGGAAUAUUGUUAACAUCAUGACCCGCAUUCACAAAACCUUCUGUAAUGAUGGACCUGAGGUCCAGGAGCACUGGGUAACCUACACAGAGAAAGUGGACCACUUGGUAGAGCAAGCUCUUUGGAGCAGCAUCAAGCACUCCAUGGAGAAGCUAUCCAUGGCCAUCAAUGGAGACGGCAAGACAUCGCCCAAUCCCUUGUUCAAAGUCCUAGUAGCACUGCGCCAGGCAACCCUCCAAACCACACCAACACCAAAGGUCGAGUUCUCCCCGACACUCGGAAAGCUUGCUCAGAUUGUGAACAUUAUGCCUCAGCUCAUCGACACCGUCUCAGAAUUUAAACGACUGCCUGAAAUUCUCUCCUGUAAACCGUCAGAAGGGAAUACCAUACACAUGAACAUAGAGCAAGACGAGGAGAUAAGGAAGAUUCAGGCUGCAGUUACCGCAGGGAUGACAUCCAAUGCCAGCCAACUGCAGGCCUACCUGAAGACCUGGGACAAAUACAGGGAUAUCUGGCAGAGCAACCAGGACUCCUUUAUACAACGCUACCGGAGACUAAACCCACCAGUCACUACUUUUGAUGCAGAUAUACACAGGUACACGGAAAAAGCCUACACCAUUCAACAGGAAGAGACGGUUUUGAACAUCUGGGUUGUCACGCUGGACUGUUCACCAAUCAAGUCCUCCUUGGCGCAGCUCUGCAGCGAGUGGCAAACCAAGUUCACUCAGCUGCUCCGGCAAAUGGCUAGCACCCACUUAAAAGAACUCCAUGGCUCUCUGCAAGACAAUGCCAACAGGCUGAGACGACCUCCCCAGACAUUGGCGGAGUUUGGUGAGAGCAUGAAGCUCUUGGAGACUCUCCAGGGCGAUUUGGCCAAGACAGAGGCUCAGAUUCCUCUCAUCCAUGACCAAUUUGCUAUCCUGGACAAAUAUGAGGUCCCAGUGGAACAGGAUGUGCAGGAUAUGCGUGAGGUGCUGAAUGGGGAGUGGGUGUGGUUCCAGCAGGUGCUGAUUGACAGUGGCAUCAUGCUGCAGAAGCAGAAGGAGAACUUUAGGAACAGUAUUAUCCCUGAGUUCCUGAAGAAGACCAAGACCAUUGUGCAGGAGUUCAACAGCACAGGUCCAUUUGACAGCGCGUUGAGCACUGAGUUGGCCUUAAACGAGAUAGUGGGGUAUCGCAGCCAGCUGGAGACUCUAAAAGAAGAAGAGAGCGCCAUCUUUCAGGGGUUGGGCUUCUUUGAAACAGAGCAGCACCCAACCAAAAGCAUACGAAUGCUGGAGAAGGAUUUAGACCACCUGCAGCAGGUCUGGGAGAUCACGCAGGAGUGGAAUGCCAACUGGGACAUCUGGAAGGUUGGACAACUUUCUACGCUGCGGACGGAGAGCAUGGGCAGCACGGCUCAGGACUUGUUUAAAAAACUCCACAAACUCCAGAGAGAACUAAAGGAUAAGGAGUGGGACAUAGUGGAUUCCUCCAAGGACAGGAUUGACCAGUUCAAGCGGAUCAUCCCUCUCAUUGCUGAACUGACGAACCCAGCCAUGAGAGACAGGCACUGGAAGCAGAUCUGUGAAGAGCUGCAGUGCUCUUUCGAUCAUACUAGCACUGAUUUCACCCUGGAGAAGAUCAUAUCUCUGGAGCUUGACGAGUAUACUGACAAAAUCUGUGAGAUCUCUGGGGCUGCCAGCAAGGAGCUCUUCAUAGAAAAGGGUCUGGAGGACAUUACCAAGACAUGGGAGGAAACUUUCCUGUACCUGGAACCUUACAAAGGUCACUAUCGGCUGAGGGGCACCGAGGUGGUUUUCCAGGCCCUGGAGGACAACAUGUCCAUGCUGUCCACAAUGAAGGCUUCUCGGUUUGUCAAAACCUUUGAGAGGGAGGUGGACUGCUGGGAACGGCAGCUGUCACAGGUGCUGGAAGUCAUCGAGAUGAUCCUCAAUGUGCAGCGGCAGUGGAUCUAUCUGGAGAACAUUUUCCAAGGAGAGGACAUCAGGGAGCAGCUCCCUCGUGAAUGCAAAGAGUUUGACAUCUUCAGUUCAAGUUGGAAGACCGUCACUGGCGAACUCCACGAGACACAAAACGCCUUGCAGGGAACACACCACCCUGGCUUGCAUGGGAAGCUGUCAGUGAUGAGUUCCAAGCUGGAGGAGAUCCAGAAGGCCCUGGACAUGUACCUGGAGACCAAGAGGCAGAUCUUCCCAAGGUUUUAUUUCCUGUCGAAUGAGGAUGUGCUGGAGAUCCUGGGGCAGUCACAGAACCCCGAAGCCAUUCAACCCCACCUGAAGAAGUGUUUCGACAACAUCAAGAGGCUGCGCAUUGAAAAGGCAGGAAAUGCAAAAAUGACCAGGAAAUCAAUCCCAGGCCCAGAUGCACUCAGUGGCCAGUGCGGCACUACUACCACUGGUACUAAAACAGCCACUGGGAUGUUCUCUGCUGAUGGGGAGAGUGUUGACUUCAGCGACGUGGUGACACUGGACAGAACCGUGGAGGUUUGGCUGUGUAAAGUUGAGAAGACCAUGCGUGUCACACUGAGGAAAUCUCUGGCCAACUGCCUUGCAGCUCUGAAUAAGUUGACAGACAAGUUCGACAAAUGGGUCAAAGAGUGGCCGGGACAGAUGCUGAUCACCGCCAGUCAGAUCCAGUGGACCACUGAUGUCACUAAAUCUCUCAUUACCAGCAAGGAGGGAGCUGAAAAGUCCUCUCUUAAGUCCCUACGGAGGAAACAGGUCUCCAAGCUUGAACGCUAUUCAGAAAUCAUUCGUGGCAACUUGUCCAAAGAGAUACGUCUGAAGAUUGUAUCACUGGUAACGGGGGAGGUUCAUGCUCGGGAUGUCAUUGAUAAGCUGGUCCGAUCAGAAUGCAAGGACGUCAAUGCCUUCGAAUGGCUCUGCCAGCUGCGACUAUACUGGGAGAAGGAUGACUGCAUAAUCCGACAGACUAACACACAUUUCAAGUAUGGCUACGAGUACCUGGGCAACUCUGGACGGCUCGUCAUCACUCCACUUACUGACAGAUGUUACAUGACUCUGACCACAGCACUCCAUCUCCAUCGGGGGGGCUCUCCUAAAGGCCCAGCUGGUACUGGGAAGACAGAGACAGUGAAGGACUUGGGCAAAGCUCUUGGCAUGUACGUCAUCGUGAUCAACUGCUCCGAAGGGUUAGACUACAAAUCUAUGGGACGCAUGUACUCUGGCCUGGCACAGACGGGAGCAUGGGGGUGCUUCGAUGAGUUCAACAGAAUCAACAUCGAGGUGUUGUCGGUGGUGGCCCAGCAAAUCCUGUCCAUCCUGUCCGCCCUCUCAGCUGGACAAUCCAAGUUCCAUUUUGACGGACAGCAGAUAUGUCUGGUCCCGUCGUGUGGCAUCUUUAUCACCAUGAAUCCCGGUUACGCUGGUCGUACUGAGCUUCCAGACAACCUCAAGUCCAUGUUCAGACCUAUCUCCAUGGUGGUGCCAGACUCUACCCUAAUCGCUGAGAUCAUACUGUUUGGAGAGGGCUUCAACGAUUGCAGGAACCUGGCAAAGAAAGUGUUCACCCUGUACUCCCUGGCAGUGCAGCAGCUGUCUAAAUUGGACCACUAUGAUUUUGGCCUGCGUAGUCUCACCUCCAUGCUCCGCUAUGCUGGGACGAAGCGGCGCUCUUGCCCCAACGUUCCCAAUGAACAAAUCCUGCUAAUGGCUAUGAAGGACAUGAACAUCGCUAAGAUGUCCUCUGCUGACGUGCCAGUGUUCAAUGGGAUCACCCAUGACCUGUUUCCUGGUGUGGAAAUACCCAUUAUUGACUAUGGCAAGUUGAAGGAGGCUAUAGAGGUGGAGCUUCGUCGGAGCGGUUUGCAGGUGACUCCUUUUACCGUGACCAAAGUCAUCCAACUUUAUGAGACCAAAAAUUCCAGACACUCCUCCAUGCUGGUGGGCAAGACAGGCAGUGCUAAGAGUGUUACCUGGAGGACUCUGCAGAUUGUCCUCAGUUCCCUGCACCACAAAGGAGAGCUUGGCUUCAACCUGGUCCAGGAUUAUCCUCUGAACCCCAAGGCAAUGAGUCUGGGAGAGUUGUAUGGAGAAAAUGACCUCUCCACCAAUGAGUGGUCUGACGGAGUGCUUCCUUCCCUCAUGAGAUCAGCCUGCGCAGACGAGAAGCCAGAUGAGAAGUGGAUUGUGUUUGACGGGCCUGUUGACACACUGUGGAUAGAGAGUAUGAACUCUGUUAUGGAUGACAACAAGGUGCUCACGCUCAUCAAUGGAGAGAGAAUCUCCAUGCCCGAACAGGUGUCGUUGCUGUUUGAAGUGGAGAACCUGGCAAUGGCCUCUCCAGCUACAGUUUCUCGCUGCGGUAUGGUCUACAACGACUACACUGAUCUGGGAUGGAAGCCAUCAGUUCAGUCCUGGCUGGACAAGCGACCCGAGGCUGAAGUGAAUCAUUUAAAGCGUUUGUUUGAGAAAUACAUAGAGAGCACACUGAACUUUAAGAAGAGAAACUGUACGGAGCUGACUCCCAUCACUGAACUAAAUGGAGUAAUGUCCCUCUGCCGCCUCUACGACUCCCUGGCUACAUCCAGCAAUGGGGUGAAUACUUUGGACACAAAAAACUUGGGUACGAUGGUGGAACUCUGGUUCGUCUUCAGCCUUAUCUGGUCCAUCUGUGCCACUGUUGAUGAGGAUGGACGCAAGAGGGUGGACAACUUCAUAAGGGGGAUGGAAGGCACCUUCCCCUUCAAGGACACGGUUUAUGAGUACUAUGUGGACACCAAGAACAAAACCUGGGCUUCUUUUGAAGAUAAGCUGCCAAAGGGCUGGCGUUUCAAUGCCAAUGCUCCAUUCUAUAAGAUUAUGGUUCCUACAGUGGACACAGUUCGCUACAACUUCCUGGUUAUGGCUCUGGUGUUGGGUCAGUACCCAGUGCUGCUCACUGGGCCUGUGGGAACUGGUAAAACCUCGGUGGCCCAGAGCGUCCUGCAGGGCUUGGAUAACAAGUGGGCUGCCCUCACUGUCAACAUGUCUUCACAGACCACCACUAAUAACAUCCAGGACAUUGUGGAGAGCCGCAUAGAGAAGAGAACCAAGGGGACGUUUGUGCCAGCAGGUGGGAAACGCCUGCUGUGGUUCCUGGACGACCUCAACAUGCCGGCCAAUGACCUCUUUGGCUCCCAGCCACCCCUGGAACUUCUGCGCCUCUGGAUCGACUAUGGCUUCUGGUAUGACCGCCAGAAACAGACCUUAAAGUUUGUGAAGGACAUGUUCUUGUUGGCGUCCAUGGGGCCCCCUGGUGGAGGGAGGACUCGCAUAUCUGGCCGCUUACAGAGUCGAUUCAAUCUCAUCAAUAUGACCUUCCCUCAUGAGUCCCAGAUCAGGCAGAUCUACAGUACCAUGAUCAACCAAAAGCUGGAGGGCUUUAAGGAGGAAGUGAAGCCCAUUGGAGAAGUUUUGACUCAGGCCACCUUAGAACUGUAUUAUGCCGUGACAGCUCGUUUUCUUCCCACUCCAGCCAAGACCCACUACCUCUUCAACCUCAGGGAUAUGUCCAAGGUGUUUCAAGGUCUGCUAAGAGCUCAGCCAGAUUUCCAUGAUACCAAAAACAACAUUGCUAAACUGUGGAUCCAUGAGUGCUUCAGGGUUGUUUCAGACAGGCUGGUAGAUCACAGUGACAUGGAGGCCUUUGUGGCUUUGCUGGGGGAGAAACUAGACUUACUCUUUCACCUCAAGUUCCACAACAUCUGCCCGAACAAACAACCGCCAAUAUUUGGUGAUUUCCUGAGUGAGUCUAGUGUGUAUGAGGAACUGCUGGACAUGAAUGGUCUCAAGAAGUUCAUGGAGACCCAGCUGGAAGACUACAACGUGACACCCGGCGUAGUGCCCAUGAACCUGGUGCUCUUCCAAGACGCCAUUGAACACAUAACCCGUGUAGUACGUGUGAUCAGUCAGCUCAGGGGCAACAUGCUGCUGGUUGGUGUUGGGGCCUCUGGCAGACAGAGCCUGUCUAAAAUGGCUGCCUUCAUCUGUGAAUACCAGGUAUUCCAGGUGGAAGUCACCAAGCAGUACCGGAAACAGGAGUUCAGAGAAGACAUCAAGCAGCUGUACUGGUUGACUGGUGUGGACAACAAGCCCACAGUCUUCUUGUUCAAUGACACCCAGAUCGUAGACGAAUCCUUCCUAGAGGACAUCAAUAAUAUCUUGAGCUCUGGCGAGGUGCCUAACCUCUACAAGCAGGACGAGUUUGUUGAGGUGUGCAAUGCUCUGUCAGAGUCUGCCAGGAACAACAAUGAGACUCCUGACUCCCUGUUCAGCUACCUGAUAGAGCGAGUCAGGGACAACCUGCACAUAGUGCUCUGUAUGAGCCCAGUGGGAGAGUCCUUCAGGAACCACAUCCUCCAGUACCCAGCGCUUGUAAACUGCACCACCAUUGACUGGUUCUGUGAGUGGCCCAAAGAUGCUCUGCUGGAGGUGGCUGAGAGGUACUUGGAUGGACUGGAGUUGGGCUCCUUGGAGGGGAUCCAGACAAAGGUAGCCAGUGUCUUCGUGACCAUACACCAGUCAGUUGCACAGGUCUCCCAAAGGAUGAAGUUGGAGCUGAGGAGACAUAAUUAUGUGACACCCACCAACUACCUGGAGCUGGUGUCUGGAUACAGAAAGUUGUUGGCAGAGAAACGCAGUGAACUGGGGGAGCAGGUGAGCAAGCUGCGCAAUGGCCUGUUCAAGAUCAAUGACACACGGGAGAAGGUGGAGGCCAUGUCUGUAGAGCUUGAGGAGGCCAGGAAGCAGGUGGCAGAGUUCCAGAUACAGUGUGUCGAGUUCCUGUCCAUCAUUUUACAGCAGACGACGGAGGCUAACAAGCAGAAGAAGGUGGUGAGUGCUAAAAAUGUGAAAAUCGGGGCAGAAGAGUUACAAUGCAAAGCCAUGGCUGAGAAUGCACAGAGAGAUCUGGAUGAGGUCCUGCCUGCACUGAAUGAGGCCAUGAAGGCUCUGGAGUCUCUGAAUAAGAGGGACAUGACGGAGAUCAAGUCAUAUGCCUGUCCCCCAGCGCUGGUGGAGACAGUGAUGCAGGCUGUCAUGACCCUUCUGGGCAAAGACCCUACCUGGGCAGAGGCCAAGAGACAGCUAGGUGAUUCCAACUUCAUCAAAACUUUAGUUAACUUUGACAAGGACAAUAUAUCGGGCCGUGUGUUGAAGAAUAUCGGCCAGUACUGCAGAGAAGUAGACUUCCAGCCAGAGAUCAUCGGCAAAGUAUCACUAGCUGCCAAGUCCCUCUGCAUGUGGGUCAGAGCGAUGGAGGUUUAUGGGCGUGCCUUCAGGGUGGUGGAGCCCAAGCGGGCUCAGCUGAAUGCUACCAUGGCCCAGUUAGCAGAGAAACAGGCUGAACUGGCUGCGGCCCAGGACAAACUGCGAGAGGUGGGGGAGAAGAAAGACCAGCUGGAAAAGGAGCUCGGUGAGAAGCGGAUCAUGCAGAGAAGUUUGAAGGAGAAAUCCGAUGAGAUGGAGAUUAAACUGGACCGAGCUGACAAACUGGUGACUGGACUGGCUGGAGAGAGGGUUCGCUGGGAGGAGAGAGUUGCUGGUCUUGAGGAAAACAUGGGAUACCUGGUGGGAGACUGUUUACUUGCAGCGUCUUUCCUGUCCUACAUGGGACCCUUCCUUUCCAACUAUAGAGAUGAGCUGCUUGCCAUCUGGAUGGAGGAGUUACGGGACUUAGCGAUCCCGUGCACACCAGGGUUCAGUUUUGCAGUCUUUCUGUCAAAGCCUACAGUCGUGAGGGACUGGAACAUUCAGGGCCUGCCCUCCGACGCAUUCUCCACUGACAAUGGAGUUAUCGUCACCCGCGGAAACCGAUGGCCACUGAUGGUGGACCCUCAAGGCCAGUCUAUGAAAUGGAUCAAGAAUAUGGAGAUGAAGAGAGGUCUGAAAGUAAUAGACUUUCAAAUGCCAGACUACCUGCGGGUGCUGGAGAACGCCAUCCAGUUUGGGAAUCCUGUUCUGCUGCAGAAUGUCCUGGAGGAUUUGGACCCCUCUAUCGACCCAAUUCUUAACAAGUCCAUGACACGGAUAGGCGGCCGGCUGCUGUUGAAGCUAGGUGAUAAGGAGGUGGAGUACAAUCCAGAGUUUCGUUUCUACAUCACCACCAAGCUGUCUAACCCCCACUACACACCAGAGAUUUCUACAAAGACCAUCAUCGUCAACUUCGCCGUCAUGGAGCAGGGUCUGGAAGCCCAGCUACUGGGAAUUGUGGUGCGUAAGGAGCGUCCAGAGCUAGAAGAACAGAAGGACUCUUUGGUGAUCAGCAUUGCUUCUGGCAAGAGAAGCCUGGAGAAGCUGGAGGAUGAGAUCCUCAGGCUGCUGAAUGAGGCGACUGGCUCACUGCUGGACGAUGAGCAGCUGGUGAAAACCCUGCAGACAUCUAAAGUGACAGCCACUGAGGUUUCAGAGCAGCUUGAGAGCAGUGAACAGACCGAGAUCAAGAUCGACUCUGCUAGAGAGGCCUAUCGCCCAUGUGCCCAGCGAGCCUCCAUCCUCUUCUCCAUUCUAAACGACAUGGGCUACAUUGACCCCAUGUACCAGUUCUCACUGGAUGCCUACAUUGACCUGUUCAACCUCAGCAUAAAAAAGAGCAAGUGCAGCAACAAGCUGGAGGAAAGGAUAGACAACCUCAAUGAGUACCACACACAUGCAGUAUACAGGUACACGUGUCGUGGUCUGUUCGAGUGCCAUAAGCUGCUCUUCAGCUUCCAGAUGUGUGCCAAAAUUCUGGAGGUGGCUGGAAAACUCAACAUGAAUGAGUACAGCUUCUUCCUCCGAGGAGGACUCGUACUCGAUAAGAAGGAUCAGAUGUACAACCCCUGUACCAGUUGGCUGGGAGACUCCAGCUGGGACAACAUCACAGAGCUGAAUAAGCUGCCCAACUUCCAUGGCAUCAUAGCCUCCUUUGAACAUUACUCCAGAGACUGGAACCUUUGGUUCACCAGUGCUGAGCCAGAGGUUGCCACACUACCAGAUAAUUGGGAGCAUAACUGCAAUGAGCUCCAGAAGAUGCUGAUAGUGCGCUCCCUGCGUCAGGACCGUGUCUCCCUGUGCGUCGCCUCCUUCAUUGUUAACAUCCUCGGCCAUCACUUUGUGGAGCCGCCUGUUCUUGACAUGAAGGCCGUUGUGGAGGAAUCCACCAGCAGGACUCCUCUGAUCUUCAUUCUGUCUCCUGGGGUGGAUCCCACAGGAGCCCUGCUGCAGCUGGCUGAGGCCUCUGGUAUGAGCAAGCACUUCCAUGCUCUCUCUCUGGGCCAGGGACAGGCCCCCAUCGCCAAGAGCAUGAUAGAGGAGGGUGUCAAGAAUGGUCACUGGGUGUUCCUUGCCAACUGCCACCUCUCUCUCUCAUGGAUGCCUGAGCUGGACAAGCUGGUGGAGCAGCUACAAGUGCAGGAGCCCCACUCAAACUUCCGACUCUGGCUCAGCUCCUCGCCACAUCCUGAAUUUCCCAUUACCAUCCUGCAGGCUGGCAUCAAGAUGACCACAGAACCACCAAAGGGCGUGAAAGCCAACAUGAAGCGUCUGUGCCAGCUGGUGACGGAGUCUCAAUUCACCCGCUGCUCAAGACCCGCAUUGUACAGGAAGAUGCUCUUCUCCCUCUGCUUUUUUCACAGCAUCCUGCUGGAAAGGAAGAAGUUUUUACAGCUGGGCUGGAAUAUUGUCUAUGGAUUCAACGAUUCUGACUUUGAGGUGAGUCAGAAUCUGCUCAGUCUGUACCUGGAUAUGUAUGAGAAGAUUCCCUGGGAUGCGUUGAAGUACCUCAUUGCUGAGGUCAACUAUGGAGGUCACGUAACAGACGACUGGGACAGACGUCUUCUGACCACAUACAUCAGCGACUACUUCUGUGAUGCUGCCGUGAACCAGCCCUCCUUCAAGUUGUCCUCCUUAACAUCCUAUUACAUCCCCAAUGAUGGACCCCAGUCUUCCUACAAGGAAUAUAUCAGCAGGCUGCCGUCCACAGAGCACCCUGAGGUGUUUGGCCAGCACUCUAAUGCAGACAUUGCCAGCCAGAUCGCCGAGACCAGGACGCUGUUUGACACCCUGCUCUCCCUGCAGCCCCAGGUCACCAGUCCUACUGCUGUGGGGGACAGGCCCAGUAGAGAAGAUAAGGUAUUAGAGCUAUUGGCAGACGUCCGUAAGAAGAUCCCGCCAUUGAUUGACUACGAGGGCACCAGAUCCAUCCUCCAGUACAACCUCUCCCCUAUCAAUGUGGUCCUGCUGCAAGAGAUCCAGAGAUACAAUUCUCUGCUGGACACUAUCAUUUCAUCCCAGGCGGAGCUGGAGAAAGGGAUCAGAGGCUUGGUGGUGAUGUCAUCCAGCUUGGAGGAGACUUUCCGAUACAUCCAUGACGCCCGUGUUCCACCGCUGUGGGAGAAGGCGUACCCUUCACUGAAGCCCCUGGCAGCGUGGAUCAGGGAUCUUUCUCUGCGGGUCAGUGAGUUUGCGCGCUGGGCAGAGACGGCCGAGCCCCCCAAACUGUUCUGGCUCUCCAGCUUCACCUUUCCCAACGGGUUCCUCACCGCUGUGCUGCAGUCCUCUGCUCGACAGCACAACAUAUCAGUGGACAAGCUGUCUUGGGAGUUUAUAGUGUCCACCGGAGAUGACAGCCACCUUAUUUCCCCGCCCAAGGAUGGAGUAUUUGUCCGAGGUUUGUUCCUGGAGGGGGCUGGUUGGGACAAGAGUAACUCCUGUCUGGUGGAAGCUAAGCCCAUGCAGAUGGUCUGUCCCAUCCCCACCAUCCACUUCAAACCUGUGGAAAAAAAGAAGGGAACCAAGAGUAUGUACCUAUGUCCGUGUUACUACUUCCCGGUGCGUUCGGGGGUGGCGGGCCGGCCAUCUUUUGUGGUCGGUAUAGAACUCAAACGCGGAGCUGUGACCCCAGACCACUGGAUCAAGAGAGGGACCGCUCUGCUCAUGAGCGUGGACAACUGAAGGCCUUAACACGCACUCACACUUUUCUACUGGUUCAUUAUUUAUUGUUUAAGCUUGUUUCUGACUUUGUCUGCUUUUUAAAAAGUGAUAUUCUUAUUCGUGACACAAGGCUUUAAUAAACAGCAAAUUCAAUUUCAAAUGUAAACACUGUGGUACUUUUUAAAUGUAUUGCAUUAACAAUAAAUGAAGUGAGUCAUUCUUUGACACUUUAAAG